GGGCAGCGGCCGGGGCGUCCCGCAGCCUCCUGGGGGCCGGGGGCCACUGCCGGCCCUGCCUGGGGAUGGUGGGGUGUCAUGGGUUGAUAAGGAAGUGAGUUUUCUUGGGAAGUUGUGGUCAGGCCAAUCAGUGGUCAGAUUUGAAUAUUGACACCUGGUGUAACCACUGAAGACAUGGAUCUGUCUCUGAGAACACAGGUGGUUAAAAGCAGAGAGCUCCCAGGGGAACGCUGUCUUUUGUUCUGGUCAGUGAAGAGAGCCCCGGAAAGAGAAGGGGGGUGAAGGGAAUGGAUGUUUCCCCCCCCUGCCCCCCUCCCCACCACCCAGAGGUGGGGAGAGAGAGAGAGAGAGCCUGGGCCACCUGGAAAUUUGGUAUCAUAUGCCAGUAGUGCCAAGGAGGAGGAAGAGAAGGGGGGAGGAGGUGCCCAGCUGUGGGAGUCCUGGGCAGCCAAGAUUUCAGUCAUCCUGGGAGCCGGAGACUUUUAACUAUUUCCUGGGCAAAGAAACACUACUCCUCCUUGAUUUCAAAGAGAAGAGAGACAGUCUGGGACCUGAGAUGUCAGAAGAGAUGGGAGAGAAAUCCUAGGUGGGAGGAGAUGAUGGAGUGGCGUUUGGCUGGACUUUUCUUGUAUAGCCAUAGACUGAACCAAUUCUCCCCAACACAGACUGCAUUUAGGGGGAUGCAAUGACUUGAGCCAAGAGAGUGCAGGUGUGAGAGUGACCUGCUUCAGUGAGUGAUGUCAUGUGCAGGAGUGGAGUGAACAGAGAAAAGUUGAGGAGGGUGUGGUGGUGCCUUCUGUCUUCAGGGUAGAAAAAGAUCUCUGUUCUCAAGACCCUCCCCAGAGGAGGAGAAAAUGGGGGGGACUGUUGUCUCAAAAUGAGAAACUGUUGUCCUUGGUCCUUGGCAAAGCAUUUUUAAAGGAACUCUAUGAGCAGUCUCGGUCCAUGCACAGUGGUGAGAGAACUGUACAUGGAAGGAGGAUGUCACGAUGGCAGAUUUUCUCCGGGCAGUGCCAUGUGUGACAUGGGAACAUGGGAGGUUUCAAGUGUGUUUCCUGUGGAGGACUAUGGUACAAGAGAGACUCCUCUCUCCCUUGAACUGAGAAUUGAUUAUCUGAGUGGUGGUAACUUGACUGAGAGUUCAAGGAUUUGUCUCACCGUGUUUUGUUGAAAAUUGGGUGGGUGGAGGAGGAAUGUUUUGGAAGGUUUUCAUUCUGAAUUCUCUGUGUUCCUUUUGUUAUAGUUGUAGAUUAAUAAAGUUUCUUCCUUUAUUUCUAAGCUUGAGCCAGCUCUGCUCUGUUUCUGGUUGCAUCUCACAGCACUCAUUUGAGAAAAACAUAUUUUCACGGGUGCACUGGCACUGCGCCAGCACCAACCAAUGACAUGGGGUCAGGCAGUGCCCGGCACUGAGCCCCGGCUGUCCCACAGCCCCGGCCUGGCCCCACAGCUCCCCACAGGCCCCCAGCCCCUCUCCUGGUCCUGAACCUCUGAGCCCGGUCCUGCUAUUACCCACCGCAGAGAAACACCCUGAAAUCCUGACCUCUUUCUUUUCCUGUUGUGGAAACCAGACAUAGAAAGGACCUGGAUCAGCUGGCAAAUUUUGAGUCUAAGACCCUGCUGAAAAACAUCCCGAUCCUCAGUAUUUUUAUCUUCCUCCCCUUUUCCAUCAUACUUUUUCUUACCAAAUACAUUCCUCCUGCUUCUUGCUUUAACCAUAUUCCUGCACACUCCCCUUCACCCAAUCCCUUCCCAGCUGUUGCCUUCUGCUGAGAAGGCAGGCUGUUGUAGAUGUCGGCGAACCCAAUGGGAAGAAUGAUGAUGUCUAACUCCAUUUCAGAAGGCUGAAUGAUUUCUUUAUUAUAAUUAUGUUAUAAUACAUAUGCUAUAUAAAAGACGAUACUAAAUACUACAUGCUACUUUCUCUAUCAUAUCUCACUAACUCACAACUCGUGACCCUGUUCUCCAGAGUCCAGACACAGGUGGAUCCGAUUGGCUGUCAGGCCCAAACAAUCCACCAUGAUCCAACCAAGUGCUCACUCUGGGUAAACAAUUCUCCAAACAUGUUCCACAAGAGAAAAACAAGGAGCAGAAAUAGAAAUUGUUUUCUCUUUCAUUUCUCUCUGUGCACCUCAAUAAAAAAUCCUGAGAGAGAGAAAAAUGUGCUUACCACAUCCAUCCUGAUCCAACACCAGAGGAUCCACACUGGGGAACAGCCCUACAAGUGUGGGGAAUGUGGGAAAAGCUUCAGCCAGAGGGGCCACCUGGUACAGCACCAGGUAAUCCACACCAAGGACCAGCCUUAUACGUGUGGGAAAUGUGGGAUGAGCUUCAGCCAGAACGGCGCAGUGAUGCAACACCAGAGGGUCCACACUGGGGAAAAGCCCUAUGAGUGUGGGGAAUGUGGGAAGAGCUUCAGCCAGAGCUCUGGCCUGAGGAAACACGAGAGGAUCCACACUGGGGAAAAGCCCUACGAGUGUGGGGAUUGUGGGAAGAGCUUCAGCCUGAACUCCCAGCUUAUGGAACACCAAAAGAUCCACACUGGGGAAAGGCCCUACAAGUGCGGGGAAUGUGGGAAGAGCUUCAGAGGAAGCUCAGCCCUGAUUCGGCACCAGAGGAUCCACACUGGGGAACGGCCCUACACCUGCUUGGAAUGUGGGAAGAGCUAUGGGUGGCACUCCGACCUGAGAAAACACCAGUGCAUCCACACUGGGGAGAAGCCCUACAAGUGUCCUGAGUGUGGGAAGAGGUUUCAGAUCACCUCCAGUCUCCUCAAACAUGAGCGGAUUCACACAGAGAAGAGGCCCUUCCGCUGCCCCGACUGUGGGAAGGGCUUCAAGCUAAACUCCCACCUCACCGUGCACCGGCGCAUCCACACCGGGGAGAGGCCCUACGAGUGUGGGGAGUGUGGGAAGAGCUUCUCCACGAGCUCAAACUUGACCCAACAUCAACGGAGGCACCACUAAGGGAAGCCCUGUGAAUGCCCCGAGUGCGGGAAGAGCUUUGUACGCUCCUCCCAACUCCAUUCCCCAUGGGAGGAUCCACAUUGAAUGAUCCCCAGUGACCCUCAUUGGGCAGAGCCCUGGUGAUCUGUGGUCCUGGUCAUCUGUGUUGGAAAGACACCUGGCUGGGAGGCUCCACAUCUUCCUGGUUCCCUGUGGGCACCUAGAUAAACUCAGUGGAAGGAACAUCCAUCGGGAUGCAGACCAACAAUGGGAGUUCCUUGGGGAGAGUGGAUUUGUCAACUUUCAACCCCAUAAAAUCUUUUGCAUUCAAUCCUGUCUUCUGGUGGCAUCAAGGAGUACUGAAUGGUCUUGGAGGUAUGUCCUGGGCUGACUGUAUGAUGCUUGUAUCCCCAGUCGUCUGUUCUGUUUAUGCUGAAUAAUAAGUUUUGCAACUUUAAGACUUGUUCCGAGAGUGAAGGAGGGAGAGAAGAAGCGUGGAGUUUGUUUUCAGAAACUGCACUCACUCCUCCACAUUCCUGUUCCUGGGCUGGGUUGUCUGCAGAUGGACAGACAGCGGGACAGAGCUCUCCUUUGCUUUUAGUUAGUUUUAGCUAGUUGAGACAGAGAAGUUCCCUGGACUGUUUUUUUUUUUCCCCUUUCUUUGGACCUGCUCAAACCUGCUCUGGCUUGAACACCAGAGGAGCACCGGCAGCUCACACCUGUGACCCAGCGGGCCAGGCCUGGGCCUCGGCAUUUCCAGCAGCGAAGGGACUGAUAAGAGACUGAGUGACACGAGCUGCAGCCCACAGAGGGACUUCCUGAGUUUGUCUCUCUUUUAGAGCGGCAAAAGUUUUUAUUGUUUAAUAUUGUUCAGGUUUUCUUGUUUAAUAAACAGUUUUUUCCACUUU